UAUAAAUCACCAUAGCAUUUUUAAACCACAGUGGUUCGUUUUAAUUUUUAGAAAAGAUGAAGACGACCACGGCGGCGAUUGAUUAUGUCAUGGAGGCUUCAACGGGCCCACACUUCUCCGGUCUUCGCCUGGACGGACUCCGGUCGCCUGCCGCAUGUUCUCCUCGCUCCUCCACCGCAACUCCUACUGCAUUCGCCCCAUCUUCCGCUCAUUUUACCGAUUCCUCCGUCCACAAGCAGCCUUUCGUCAUUGGGGUUUCCGGAGGUACUGCUUCUGGGAAGACCACCGUUUGUGACAUGAUUAUUCAACAAUUGCAUGAUCAUCGCGUUGUGCUUGUCAACCAGGAUUCUUUCUACCGUGGGUUAACCCCUGAAGAGUUAAAACAUGUUCACGAGUAUAACUUUGACCAUCCAGAUGCUUUUGACACCGAACAGCUUUUAGAGUGUGUAGGGAAGCUCAAAGCUGGACAUUCUGUCCAUGUUCCCAUAUAUGACUUUAAGACUCACCAAAGAUGCUCUGAUAGUUUCCGUCAGGUAAAUGCAUCAGAUGUAAUCAUCCUCGAGGGAAUACUUGUUUUUCACGACUCGCGGGUCCGUGAUUUAAUGAAUAUGAAGAUUUUUGUAGAUACAGAUGCUGAUGUAAGACUUUCCCGCCGAAUAAGGCGCGAUGUUGCUGAUCGGGGCAGAGAUUUAAACUCAGUUCUUGAGCAGUAUGCGAAGUUUGUCAAGCCUGCUUUUGAUGAUUUUGUUCUCCCUUCAAAGAAGUAUGCUGAUGUUAUCAUACCCAGGGGAGGUGACAACCAUGUUGCUGUGGAUUUAAUUGUACAACAUAUUAUGACAAAGCUUGGCCAGCAUGAUCUCUGCAAAAUAUAUCCUAAUGUAUAUGUUAUUCAGUCAACAUUCCAGAUAAGAGGGAUGCACACUUUGAUCCGAGAUAGGGACAUCUCCAAACAUGAUUUUGUUUUUUAUUCUGAUCGGCUUAUCCGUUUGGUUGUGGAGCAUGGUCUUGGUCACUUACCUUUUACUGAGAAGCAAGUAGUCACUCCAACAGGGUCGGUAUACACUGGGGUGGACUUCUGCAAGAAACUAUGUGGGGUAUCAAUUGUUCGCAGUGGUGAAAGUAUGGAGAAUGCAUUGCGUGCUUGUUGCAAGGGAAUAAAAAUUGGGAAAAUUCUUAUUCACCGUGAUGGUGAUAAUGGUAAACAGCUUAUAUAUGAAAAACUCCCAAAAGAUAUAUCAGAGCGUCAUGUUUUGCUUCUAGAUCCGGUCCUAGCUACAGGUAACUCUGCUAACCAGGCAAUCGAGCUGCUCGUACAAAAAGGAGUCCCUGAAUCCCACAUCAUCUUCUUAAACCUAGUUUCUGCACCUGAAGGAAUACAUUGUGUAUGCAAGCAAUUCCCGUCGCUGAAAAUUGUAACUUCGGAGAUUGAUGUUGCACUGAAUGAAGAAUUCCGAGUCAUUCCCGGGUUGGGUGAGUUCGGUGAUCGUUACUUUGGUACGGAUGAGUGAGUGGGGAUAUUAUCCUUUUGCUCACAUCACUAUUACUACUACUACUACUACCUCUCACAAUUUGUCCUUUCCCUCCCUCUCUUUGUUGUCCUUCUUCUAGUGGUUCUGGUGUUUUGCACACCAUUGCACAUUCCCUUGGAAAUAAUAACAGUUCACAAUUGAAUUCUAUUAAACAAUAAUGCUAGAAAUAGCCUUAAGUUUGACACCACGGUUGAUACCAUUGGACUAUUUUUCGCACAAACAGUAAUUGUCUGUGAGAAAUUAUUGUAUCUUAGUAUGUCAUCAUUUGUGUCAUUGGAGCAUGGUCCUCUAAUAAAUUACUAGGGACUUGGGAGCAAUGAGUCGCUUCUUGCGAUGUACCCCUUUCAUUAAGGCUGUGUGACCUUUUAAAUAAAUAAAAAGAAGUAUUCAUG